GCCGAUAGUUUGUGAGUGGCCUCCGCGAUAUCCACACGGUUGUUUUUCAUUCAAGCGCGCUCUUCGUGGUACUCAUAUUCGUACUCUUCAGUGUUGACUAUAGCACACUUGUUACGAUGUAAAUAAACAAAAAAAAAACCGUGCCCCCGCCUCUGACUCACAGUCCGCAGUUUUAAGUAUGUAAACAAGAUUGUGUUGUGGAAUAUAUUAUUGUAGUUUGUGGAAAAUAAUUAUACUUGUUGUGAUACGUAGAUAAUACUGAGUGAAGCUUCAGUUAACGUUUGUUUUUUACGUAAAGGAUGCCGAUUUGCCAAUACAAGGUCGUAUUUGGAUUCGUUCAAUGAUGAGGGGUGAGCGGGAGUAGUAGGGGGCCCGUCAUGAAUUCUGACGUGCAUCGUCAUCAGGCGCAUCCGCCAUUGGCACAGCACGGAGUGCACGGUGCGGCGCAGGGCGUGGGCCCUUGUGGCUGGUAUUCGGCUUCUGCCGCUCCUGCACCCACGGCCCCUGCUCGUCUUAAGCGCGUACAAGCACCUCAUCAGCUACCGUCUGGAGGGAACUUGAGCGGCAGUAAUGGCCCGCACGCGCCUCUCUCCCCGUCCGCAUUGCAGAAUACUAUACCGCACAAUCUUAUAAUGUCAUCGUCAGUCCGGACACCCGCUCCGGCCGCCACUGUACCGUCCGCCAUGCACACCUCACAAACAGCACCAGCAGUCACGAAAGGACAGAGCGAUGUCUUGGUAAACUCGUCGUCCGUACAGAACCCACCGCCGGCCGGCAACAGGCUGGUCAAUAUGACACAGUGGCCAUGGCAUCACGGCGCGAUAUCGAGGGAGCGAGCGGAGGCGUUGCUCUCCGGCUCUCCGGACGGCGUUUUCUUGGUGCGAGAGAGCACUAACUUCCCAGGAGACCACACGCUGUGCGUCCGAUUCCGAGGAAGGGUGGAACACUAUAGAGUAAAAUGGGCGACAGCGCCCGACAACCAAAACCAACGUCUGACCAUAGACGACGAAGAAUUCUUCGAUAACAUGACGGACUUAAUUCAUCACUACCUGCAAGACGCGGACGGGCUGUGCACAAAGCUGGUGCGGUGCCUCCCCAAGGCGACGGCGAACGGCACCAACAACAACGGCGCCCCCCAGCAGCAGUACCCGCCCCACCCGCAGCAGCCGCCGCCGUAUCCGCCCACGCCGAGCGUGCCGAGCGCGCUGGCGGCGGGACACUUCCCGCACGCGUACGUCGCGCCGGCCGCCUCCACCGACCAGACGGACGGCACCUUGCAGUCGCAAAGCUUCGUUGACGCGCGUUGGAAAAUAGACGAGCGCGACCUUGAAAUCCGUGAAAAUAUCGGCAAAGGAGAAUUCGGCGACGUGAUGCUAGGGAUCCUGAACGGCACGCAGAAAGUGGCCGUCAAAAUUCUCAAAGAUCGGGAAGCCGCUAGUAAAUUCCGCGCUGAAGCUAGUGUGAUGGCAUCGUUGAAGCACGAGAACCUGGUCCGUCUGCUGGGGCUGGUGUUCACGAGCAGCGGCGGCACGUGCCUGGUGACGGAACACUGCGCGCAGGGCUCGCUGCUCGACUACCUGCGCAGCCGCGGCCGCCACUACGUCACGCAGCUCAACCAGAUCAACUUCGCGUUUGACGCGUGCUGUGGGAUGGAGUAUUUAGAAAGGCAACGUGUCGUACACCGCGACCUGGCGGCGAGAAAUGUGCUCAUCUCGGCGGAAGGCACCGCCAAGGUGGCGGACUUCGGUCUGGCGCGAGCUGGUGCGGCGCUGGAGGAUCCGGCGGAGGCGGCUCGGCUACAGGCCAAGUUGCCCAUUAAAUGGACAGCACCGGAGGCACUUAAAUAUAACAAAUUCUCGAACAAGUCGGAUAUGUGGAGUUUUGGAAUUUUAUUAUGGGAAAUUUACUCGUUUGGAAGAGUACCUUAUCCUAGAAUUCCGCUGGCGGAGGUGGUGCGGCACGUGGAGCGCGGGUACCGCAUGGAGGCGCCGGAGGGGUGUCCGCCCGGGCCCUACGAGCUCAUGCGCGCCGCCUGGCACGCCGACCCCGCCUCGCGACCCACCUUCCUGCACAUGCGCCGCAACCUCGCCGACAUACGCGACCACACGCCCGCGCAGGUACGCCCUAGCCUCCCCUACCGAUGACUUGCGGCGAUGUGC